CUGAGCGGAAGCAGAAAGCGACCCACUCUUUUCUCUCUGCUCCGUGGCAUUUUGCAACCAAGCCGCCAGCUGCAGCUGGUUUAACACAAAACCCCGCGGCCGUGCGCAUAGGCGCGAAUAGCGAGACACGCGAUGAGAUGUCCAAGAUGAAGAGGACGAGCACGCCGUCGGUGAUGUAACGAGGGGAGGGGGACAGGAAAUGAAGACCUGCCAGCUAUAGCUUCCGCGAGAGAGCGAUGCCCAGGCGGGGGUUGCCGCUCCAGGGUCGGGCCCGCUGGCUCUUCCUCGGCCUCUUCCUGCUGCUGGUGCUGCUGCUGUUCGCGUACCUGCUGGAGUGCACCCCGCCGGCGGACGUCAGCCUGGUCCUGCCGGGCAUCCAAGGGGAGCCCUACGGGAAGGAGUACUACCAGGCCCUGCUGCAGGAGCACGAGGAGCGCCACCUGAACCGCGCCGCCAGUCUCAAGCGCCAAAUCGCCCAGCUCAAGCAGGAGCUCCAGGAGAUGAGCGAGAAGCUGAAGCUCCUGCAGGACAAGAAGGAGCCCCCGGGGGUGCAGGGCCUCGCCGAGAAUAAAGACCAGGAGCCCGGCGACCUGCUGGAGUACCUGCACUCUCAGAUCGACAAGGCCGAGGUGAACACGGGGGCCCGUUUGCCGAGCGAGUACGCCCUGGUGCCUUUCGAGAGCUUCACCUCAUCCAAGGUGUACCAGCUGGAGAUGGGGCUGACGCGACACCCGGAGGAGAAGCCCGUGCGGAAGGACCGCAGGGACGAGCUGGUGGAGGUCAUCGAGGCGGCGCUGGACAUCAUCAACAACCCGGAUGAGGAGGACGGCGUGGAGGACGACGUGCCGAUGCAGAGGCAGACUUACACAGAGGGUCACUUCACGGAAGGACUGUACAGGACGGAGAGGGACAAAGGGACGCUUUAUGAGCUUUUCUUCGCUAAAGAGGAUUCCAGCAGCUUCCGUCACGUCACGCUGUUCAGACCUUUCGGCCCGCUAAUGAAAGUCAGGAGCACGUCCGUGGAAACAUCGGGAAUGAUUAUUAACAUCAUCGUGCCACUGGCAGGCAGAGUGGAAACGUUCUCACAGUUCUUACAAAAUUUCAGGGAGGUGUGCGUGCAGCAGGACAGGCGUGUUCAUCUCACCGUGGUGUAUUUCGGGCAGGAAGGCCUACCGGAUGUCAAGUCAUCUUUGGAAAAAAUGUCGAGGGAGGAGAGCUUCUCCAAUUACACCCUGGUCCCGGUGGACGAGGAGUUUUCCCGCGGUCGGGGUUUGGACAUCGGAGCGCACGCGUGGAAGAAAGGAGACGUCCUGAUGUUUUUCUGUGACGUCGACAUCCAUUUCAACCUCGAGUUCCUGAACACCUGCCGCCUCCACGCGGCGCCGAACAAGAAAGUCUUCUAUCCUGUGGUGUUCAGUCUGUACAAUCCUGCCAUAGUCUAUGGAAAUUUGGAGCUGGCUCCACCGAUUGAACUCCAGUUGAUUCACAAAAAGGACGCUGGAUUCUGGAGAGACUUUGGCUUUGGAAUGACGUGUCAGUAUCGCUCAGAUUUUCUAAACAUCGGCGGUUUCGACCUGGAGGUGAAAGGCUGGGGCGUGGAAGACGUCCACCUGUACAGGAAGUAUCUCCGGAGCGAGCUGAUAGUGACCAGGACGCCGGUGUCCGGCCUGUUCCACCUGUGGCACGAGAAGCAGUGCGCGGACGAGCUGACGCCGGAGCAGUACCGCAUGUGCAUCCAGUCCAAAGCCAUGAACGAGGCCUCCCACUCCCACCUGGGCAUGCUGGUUUUCCGCGAGGAGAUCGAGGCCCACCUACGCAAGCAGGCCUUCAAGACUCAGAGCAAAACCGACGCCUGAGCCGAGACCGCGGACGGUGCCGGUCGUUAUUCAUGCACUACGGCAAAGACACGUUUACAUGGAUCCUUCUGCAUUUCACCGCACAGCUGUAGACAAAUGAAUGUACAAAACGAUGGAUCAAUGUGAAUCUUUCUCUGCGCGGUACGAGGCAGUAAAAACGAUCAAAUUAAGCAAUAAUUCACUUGCUGACGAAAAACGCACACGCGUGUUGAAACUUGGGAUUUAACUGACGCCAUCCCGCAUUUUUACGCGCCGAAAUCAUCGAGCAUGCAGUUAUCAACGUGGGGAAACGCGCACACGAAGCUUGUGGUUUUAAACGCAACGUCUGACUUUUAACCAGUUUCUCUUACCUUUGCUUCUCAACUAGAAGCUUUCAGCUGUUUCAGAUAAAUUAUGCAUUCCAAAAAAAAGGCUUUAAACUUUAGGGAGCCACCUGUUAUCAGCCAUCAUGUCACGUAUCGACGGUCACGGACGAGAAGAAGUUGCACUUUCUCCUUAAGUUAAAAAAUGUAAUUUGACCAAACAAGAGCCCACAAGUUCCUACUGAUUCCCAGCUUCUACAUUAAUGUAUAGCUGCAGUUGUGUAUGGAGCCAUAAUGUUCUGUUUUUUUAA